UCGUCCCCCCGGUGCAUUGUGGGAUAGUGGCGGCCCGGCCCGGCAGCGCCCCCUCCUCCCUCCCCCUCCCCAGCUCCUUCUCCAUCCCCAGGUCCAAGAUGGCGGCGGCGGCGGCGGCUCCUCCGGCCCCAUCCCCGCCGCCCCCUGCCCCCGCGGGCCCGCGCUGCCCGGGCUCCUGGCCCAACUUCGCCGUUGUCUGCUCCUUCCUCGAGCGCUACGGGGCCCUGCUGGACCUGCCCGAGCUGCCCUUCCCGGAGCUGGAGCGCGUCCUGCAACCGCCGCAGGAGCCCGGAGACCAAGUCCCAAAAGAAUUGGUGGAGCUUCACUUGAAACUGAUGAGAAAGAUUGGGAAGUCUGUCACAGCAGACAGAUGGGAAAAAUACUUGAUCAAGAUAUGUCAAGAAUUCAACAGCACUUGGGCUUGGGAGAUGGAAAAAAAAGGAUACCUAGAAAUGAGUGUUGAAUGCAAACUGGGGAUUCUGAAGUAUCUCUGCGAAUGUCAGUUUGAUGACAAUCUAAAGUUUAAGAAUAUCAUUAACGAGGAGGAUGCUGACGCCAUGCGUCUGCAGCCCAUUGGUCGAGACAAGGACGGCCUCAUGUACUGGUAUCAGCUGGAUCAGGAGCAUAAUGUCAGGAUGUACAUAGAAGAACAGGAUGACCAGGAUGGAUCCACAUGGAAGUGCAUUGUUAGAAACCGCAAUGAGCUUGCCGAGACCCUUGAGCUCUUGAAAGCGCAAAUUGAUCCUGCUCUGUUGAAAAACAACAAUUCUCAGCAGGAGAAUUCAUCACGUGAAAGUCCAAGCAUAGAAGAUGAAGACACCAAAAAGGGUGAAGAAGCAGCUACACAAGGUUUUCUGCCUUCUUUUCUCAAAGAAAAUCAAUUGAAAAUCAAAGAAGAAAAAGAGGAGGUAGAGGAACAGUCAGUGGAAUCGGAAAGCCUUCCUCCUCCUGUGGUCAAAGAAGACGAAAAUGCACUUAAAAUUGAGAAGGUGGAAGAAAAAGAAAUUAUAAAACUGCCAGUAAUAGUGAAAUUAGAAAAACCUUCAGAACACAGUGAAGAAAAGCAAACUGUCAAGGAAGAAAGUGACUCCUUUAAGGAAAAUGUCAAGCCUGUUAAAGUAGAGGUGAAGGAAAACAAAACAGAAUCCAAAGACCUAAAAGAAGUGAAAAGCUGUAUGGACAAAAUAGCAGUUCAUGAGCCAGAGAGGUUAGAAUUUUGUGUUAAUGUCAAAACUCCACAAGAAAUUGUGGAAAAAUCUGUGGAAGAAAGUGAAAAACUUAAAAAUGACCAACAGGCAAAAAUACCACUUAAAAAGCGAGAGAUCAAGCUGACAGAUGACUAUGACAGUCCAAUAAAAGGGCCCCUGUGUAAAUGUGUUACUCCAACGAAGGAUGUCUUGAAGGAAGAAGGGAAACCAGAAGAAGAAGCUUUUAAGAGAGUCCCUACCAUUACUGCUCUAUGUCCUGAUGGGAAAGUGCUAGUAAAUGGAGAGGUUAGCUGUGAAAAAAUAACCCCAAGUGUCAUACAAAAUAGUAAGUCAGAGCACUCUGCUAGUGCUAUGGAAGACAGCACCUCAUUAAAAGAGAAAAAUGGAAAAAGCGGGGAAAAAGUAUCAGACUCCCUAAAUUCUGUUAUAAAAACAUGUGAGAUUGAGAAGAAUGCAGUAACUGUGCUGAAAGAGGUCGGGGCUGUGGUCUCUGAAGUUUCUAAUCAGAAAGUGCCUUCAAAGGAGGAAUCUAGUCCUGUGGAAAAAGAGUCCCUUGACAGCACAACUACUGAGACUGUAGCAGAAGAGGCUUCAAACUCUGAAGACUGUGCCAAAACAACUGAAGAGAAACAAGCCACUGAUGUCAAAAAUGACAGCAUGCCACCAUCCAAAGAAUGUUCAGAGAAGCUAGAGAUGUCCCCAAAUGCAUCUGCUCCUGCAGAACUGCCUAAACUUGCACUGGCUGAUGAAGAGACUUCGAAAAGUAAAGAUGACCCUGAAGAGAAAAACGACUCUCCAAAAGCUGCUGAGAUACCUGCUGCAUCCACUUCACCUGUUACAGUAGAGAAACCUGUUCUGGAAAAGGAGGACUCCAAUAGUAAAAUGGCUCUACCUGAGGAGAGCAAAGUAGAAGAAAAAUUCAGCCCAGAAAAACAAGAGGAAGAGCCAGAAGCUGCCAAAACGGAGCCAGAUAAAUUAGAUGAUGCCCAUGUAUCUAAUCUAGAGGACUCCUCAGAGAGUAAAAAGGAAUCUCCAGUACCUAAAAGCAAAUUUAAAUAUAAGCUAGUUUCUGAAGAAGAAACCUGUGCAACAGAAAAUAAAGAAAUAACUUCUGAAAGACAAAAAGAAGGAAUUAAAUUAACAAUCAGGAUCUCUAGUCGGAAGAGAAAGACAGAAACACCGCCAGAAGAGGUGAGCAUUGGCCGCACUUUAAGGCGGUCACCAAGAAUAUCAAAGCCUACGCCGAAAGUUGUGGAGACUCGGGAUCAGAAGCCUGAGAAGAAACGACCUGAAGAGGAAGAGGAGAAACCUGCAGCAGCACAAAAACCAGAACGAAAAGAAGAUGCAAAAAAACAAGAGAAGGAGACAAAUUCUAAAGUUAACAAGAGAAGCAAAGUUCGGUGGACGGGUACGCGGACACGUGGCAGGUGGAAAUACUCAAGUAAUGAAGAGACUGAGGACUCUGAGAGUGAAAAAAACUCUGCGGAGGAGGAAGAAGAGGAGGAAGAGGAGGAAGAAGAAGCUCCACCUGCUGAUGACGAUGAGCCCUGCAAGAAGUGUGGCCUUCCCAAUCAUCCUGAGCUGAUUUUGUUGUGUGACUCUUGUGACAGCGGCUACCACACAGCCUGCCUUCGCCCUCCGCUGAUGAUCAUCCCUGAUGGAGAGUGGUUCUGCCCGCCUUGCCAGCAUAAACUACUCUGUGAGAAAUUAGAGGAACAAUUACAAGAUCUGGAUGUUGUCUUAAAAAAGAAGGAGCGUGCAGAACGCAGAAAAGAGCGAUUGGUGUACGUGGGUAUCAGUAUUGAGAACAUCAUUCCACCUCAGGAGCCAGAAAUACCUGAAGGUCAGGAAGAAAAGAAGAAAGAUUCCAAAAAGCCCAAAUCGAAACUUGAAAGGAGAUCUACCAGAACCCGAAAGUGCAUAAGCUACAGGUUUGAUGAAUUUGAUGAGGCAAUUGAUGAGGCAAUUGAAGAUGAUAUCAAGGAGGCUGAUGGAGGAGGCAUUGGCAGAGGCAAAGACAUGUCAAAUAUCACAGGUCACCGUGGAAAAGACAUUUCCACAAUUCUAGAGGAAGAAAGGAAGGAAAACAAGCGACCACAAAGGGCUGCUGCAGCACGACGCAAGAAACGACGGCGACUAAAUGACUUGGAUAGUGACAGUAACAUGGAUGAAGAAGAGAGUGAGGAUGAAUUCAAAAUCAGUGAUGGAUCUCAGGAUGAGUUUGUUAUAUCAGAGGAAAAUCUGGAUGAAAGUGAAGAUGACCCACCAUCAAACGAGGACAGUGACUCAGAGUUCUGCGCCCGCAUAUCCAGGCGACACCUCUCCAGGCCCAUGAGGCAAAGCAGGCGGUUACGAAGGAAAACAGUCAAGAAAAAAUACUCUGAAGAUGAUGAAGAUGAAGAGUCUGAGGAUAAUUCAAGCAGAGAGUCAGAGAGUGGUGAUUACACAGAUUACAGUGAUGAUGAUUACCUGGAAACUAGGAGGAGAAGAUCAAGACGGAAUCAGAAGAGACAAGUUAAUUAUAAGGAAGAUUCAGAAAGUGAUGGCUCACAGAAAAGUGUCCGAUAUGGGAAGGAGUUGAGAAGAGUUCAUAAACGCAGGCUCUCCACUUCAGAUAGUGAAGAGAGCUACACAUCUAAGAACUCUGAAGAUGAUGAAUCCACAAAGGAGUCAAAGCGACUGAUUCGAAAACGUCGGCGAAGUACAGACGACUAUUCCGAGGAAGAAGGAGAGGAUGAGGAGGAGGAAGGGAAGCCUGUCCGCAAACGCCUGAAUCGAAUUGAGACCGACGAGGAAGAUGCGUGUGAAAAUGCAAACGACGAGGCAGAAACCCCCGCUCCUGCAGAUAAGCUGCCAGCAGCACAAGCCCCCCAAGACAACCCCAAGAAGCACUGCUACCGGAUAGAGAGCGAUGACGAAGAUGACUUUGAUAAUGUAGGGAAAGUAGAGAGCCCUUUGGACUACAGCCUGGUGGACUUGCCUUCCACCAACGGACAGAGCCCAGGGAAAACCAUUGAGAACUUGAUUGGCAAGCCAAGCGAGAAGACCCAGACCCCCAAGGACAGCACAGCCAGCGCCAGCCUGGCGCCCAAUGGGACAGGGAGCGGGCAGGAAGCGGUAGGGCCGGAGGAAGAUGAAGAUGAACUUUUGAGAGUGACUGAUCUUGUUGAUUACGUCUGUAACAGUGAACAGUUAUAAGACUUCCAUUUUUGUGCUAAUUUAUUCCACGGUAGCUCAUACCAGCGGGCCAGUUAUUAAAAGUUGUUUUAUUUUUCCUAGAAAAUUCUCCACUACAGUAUCACUUUCUAGAAGCAAGAAUUUCACCAGUCCUGCAGUCUUUCUGUGAAGUGACCAGUUUUGAACUUUGAAGAUUAAUUGCUGUAAAUUCCCUCUCUUACCCCCCCUCCUUCCAAGUCCAUGGUCCUGGGUAAUUUCACUCACAAAAACCUUAUAACAACAAGAGAUUUGUAUAUUUUUGACUUUAUAUUUCCUGAGUGCAUACAAAUUUGUGGAAAUGGGUGGCCUAAGAAAGCAUUCCAAAUCAGUCAGGGCCCAAACCGGAACUGGGGUGGGUUUGGCUCAAGGGGUGGGGGGACGGGAGGGGGGUGGUGCAGAAGCACUUGUGCUUUAGCUUUUUCAUAUGAGAUAUAUAUUAUAUUUAAAUGUUCACAACUUAGAUUACAACUUAACAGACAGUUAAAAGCAAAAUUAAUGUCUGUACUGUCGCAUUUUGUGAGUUGUAGGUUAACAUACCAUAGCUCAUUUUAGUAAUCACCUUCAUGGAAGCAGUUUGAUUUUAGUACUGGAGGGAAACAGAAUUAUUAGAGGCCAAGAAGGUACCAUAAACAAGAACUCUGCUAUUCAUUAUGACUUGCAGACUUUCCUAAUAAACAUCCUUUAAAAUGUU